AUGAAAACGUGCCGUGCGUGUCUGCAAAAGAAUGCAGAAAAAUAUUAUUCGAUUUUUAAGAAAAUCCACCAAAUAACACUGGACGGGAUGUUUCAUUCGGUUACCGGUUUAAGAGUGUCUUCAGGCGAUGGUUUACCGCAAUGUUUUUGUGAAGAGUGCGCUUAUUUUAUUGUGACUUGUAACAAUUUUCGUAAAAAAUGUCUAAAAUCGGAUGCUAAUCUUCGUGCACUUGAAAGUAAAGCUGUUGGCGAAGAGUAAGUACCGGAGCUAUAUACAAUUGAAGAAUACGGGGACACUUUGGAGGAUGGUUAUAUUGAUGAAUCGGAAAACCUUGUUACGGAAGAAAUAUACUAUGAACCAGAAGUCCAACCAACGACACAACAACAACUAAUCGCCAGUUCUGAACAUGAGAGCACUGAAUUGCAGGAUGACGAAGAAUCUGAUUACGAAUUGUACGGUGUUAUAGAGGGCGUCGAAAUAGAGGACAAUGAAUCUUUUGGUGACAAUGAUGAUGGCGUGUUAUAUGAGGAUAUUGUGGAAUCUAUAGACUGCAUCGGAAAUUCGCACAUAUCUACGGAAGGGAUAGAUGAAGCAGCAGCAAAAGAUGUGCCACCGACCAGUCUCGUUCUCAGCUGUUGUGCCUGUACCGGAUUGCAGUUUACUUCGUUGGAAGAUUUAAAUCUGCAUGGGCUUGAAGUGCACAAGACGCAAAGCUGCUCCACAUCCUCCGGGGGUUACAAUUGUGCCAUUUGCAACAAACGCUCGUGCAAAAAUGCCCAGCUAACGCAACAUAAACCCCCGCUGGAACCCAAGGAAAGAUACGGUUGUACCGAGUGUCCUGCCAGCUACCGUGGCCGUGCGGCCCUGCACAGUCACAUGAAAAGCAAACACGUGGGCAAACGAACGUACGUGUGCGACGUUUGCCAGAAAGCGUUCCUUACCUCCAGCACGUUACUAUCGCAUCGACAAAUACACGGCGAGAAGAAAUUCCAAUGCAACACUUGCUCGAAAUCAUUUGUUCGCCGCCAUGACUUAACGAUUCAUCAAAAUACUCAUUCUACGGAACGGCCGUACGAGUGCACCGUGUGCGAGAUGCGUUUUAAAUCACGUUCGCAUUUGCGUGACCACCAAUCCGUUCACACGGGUGAACGGUCGAAAAAGUGUCGUAUAUGUGGGGAGGGAUUCCGGACCUACAGCGAUCGGCUGGUGCACGAGAAGCAGCAUGAGAACAUCGAUCCCUUCAAGUGUGAUCAUUGCGGUAAAAAGUAUGGUCGGAAUUACAAGCUCCAAGUGCAUAUACGAAAGGUGCACACCGGAGAGCAGCCGUUCGAGUGUACCGAUUGUAUGAAACGAUUCUUCCAGCGAUGGGAACUGACGGCCCAUCGGCGGAUCGAUCACGGUGUGGUGGAAGGUGUUAAUACAGUCAAUAUCGAAUAG